UUACAGAUCGACGAGCAGAAAUGUACGCGCUGCGAACUGAAUAAUAAAUAAUGACUACGCCAAAAAUCGAGCGACCGCCGGACGAAAACACAACACUAGUGAAUGAAACGGAACCGUUACGAAUGGUUCUAGAUUUAAACGAUACAUUCUUUUAUCGAACGCUGAACGGAAGUAACUGUACGUUUGAAAAUGGAACGUGUAGUGAUGUGAGUUAUAAUUACUGGGCGUUGUCGUUACUAGUGUUUCCGUUAUUGACGUUGUUCGGGAAUGUUCUAGUGAUAAUAAGUGUGUCUAGAGAGCGUAGUUUGCAAACUGCCACGAACUAUUUUAUUGUGAGUCUGGCGGUCGCCGAUCUGUUAGUGGCGGUCGUCGUGAUGCCGUUUGGAGUUUAUUACUUGUUUAAUGGAGCAUGGGGGCUGCCCGCCGUGGUGUGUGACUGUUACAUCGCCAUGGACGUGACAUGCUCCACAUCUAGCAUAUUCAACUUAGUCGCAAUCUCUGUUGACAGAUACAUCGCAGUAACACAACCAAUAAAAUACGCGAAACACAAAAGCAACGGCCGAGUAUGGACCAUGAUCUGCAUAGCCUGGCUCGUCUCCGGCGGCAUCGGGAGCCCCGUGGUCCUCGGUCUGAACAAUUCACCGGACAGAAGAGUAGACCAAUGCCUCUUCAAUAAUACGGACUACGUCAUUUAUUCGUCGCUCGGCAGUUUUUAUCUGCCGUGUGUUAUUAUGAUGUUCCUGUAUUAUAAUAUAUUCAAGGCAAUACGCCAGCGAGCGAAGAAACAGCGCUCUGCAAAAAGCACAUCAUCAGGCAUCGCAUCAGCUUCCAGUGGCACUGCUGCCGUAGUUAUUGAAAACUUGGCACAAACUCCAAGGCUGCAGAGCAUAGAACCUCCCACAAAUACUGCUUCGGCUUCAGGCAGUAACGAGGAUGAGGAUGACGAUAACUUCGACAGAACAGAGAUGGGGGUAUACGCAGACGAGCUGGCAACGACGCGAUCUGCGAGGUUCAUGUUAGCGGCCGUUGUGGAGGAAACUGGCCUGAUCAUGGCGAACCUAGCGUCCCCCAUCCCCAUGAUGGACCCCAACACCAACCAUGAUUCGGGGUACGCGCCCUCCAAUAUUGACGGGGAGACCAAGGAGCACAGUCCCCCCGCGUCCCCCAAGGAAAAAAAGGAGAACGGGGCGCCGAAGAAACCUGAGCUUAAGAAGAAGUUAAGUAACCUCAGCAAGAGCUCAGUAAUCUCCACGCCUCGCCGGCGCUUUAGGACCGCAGCAUCAGCGGCCAGGUUCACCAUCUUCCGAGCCAAUCGAGCUGGGAAACUGCGGGCCAAGAGCUUUGCCAAGAAGGAGAAGAAGGCUACGCAGACGCUCGCUAUUGUGCUGGGUGUCUUCCUCUUCUGCUGGGCGCCAUUCUUCACCUGCUCGGUCUUCGACGCCGUCUGCACCAAGCUCGGGCUCUCCUACGGGCCCGGCUACACCGUCUUUAUCCUCACAACAUGGCUGGGUUACAUCAACUCGUUCCUCAACCCCGUCAUCUACACCAUCUUCAAUCCGGAGUUCAGGAAGGCCUUUCGCAAGAUCCUGCACUGCGGCACCUAGCCCAUAGAUUAUCUGGUCGUGUAUGAUUAGAUCCCCUCUAGUGUUACCUUCG